UGACCAAAACAGAGUACGAGUGCAAAAAAAAAAUGAUUCUGAAAGCUGCAGCUUUACUACUGCUGCUCUUCAUGAGCGGUGCAAACAGUCAAGAUGACUCCCUAGCUGGUAGCUUCCUGUCAGGCCUUUUGGAUUCGAUCACAAGCACAGAAGAUGCUAAAGGAUGCCCGGGAGUGUGUGUUCACACGCUCGCCACACUGAUCUGUUACGAAGUUCUGGAUGACAUUCCAUGCCCAUCGCCCAGCAUGAAAUGUUGCGUGGAAAGUAGUUCGGCCGCUGCCAACAUUACCACCACUCCGCGGCCGAGAACUACCACGACAACGGCACGGCCCACAACGACCACACCGAAACCAACGACAGAGGCUAAAAUUAAGGAAAAGGAUAAUAAAAAUAACUCAUCCUGCCCGGGUGUAUGCGUUGCGGACAGAAUCGCCGAGUACUGCGAGGCUUACCUAACGACGGCCGGCCUUUGCAAGAGUGGUUCGAAAUGCUGCGUGUCACGCGACAUUUAUCCGGACAAUCCCCCGGACGAGCUGUACAUCCCGACGGCUCACUUUGAUUCGAAAACGAAUAAAACUACCACCCCCAAACCGUACGCAAAAACGACCGAACGGCCCCACGCGACCGAAGAACCGAUCAAGUCUAAAACGAAUCCGACGCAGAAGCCCACGCCCAAACCGACCAAGCCAGCGCCAUCCAAGUUGAAAACUACUUCUGCUACGUUGGCCAACAAUGGACAGGGGCCCGUAUUUAAGGAGUGUGAGGGUGAAUGUGUCAACGGGCUGUUUGCACUGUUCUGUGACGAUCUCGAUAGUGAAGCGUUCUGUCCCAAUGAGGGUUCGUGUUGUAUUACCGGUGUGGCGGACGAUAAUAAACAACAGGUUGUGACGACUACCAGGCGACCAGCGACACCGCCACCACUGCCACGUUGUCCCGGGUUCUGUCUGCUGAACAUUAUGGCCGCCUUCUGUGAACGCCCCUCCGUGCUUAUCCCCAACACAGCUAACUGUAAGCGAGGUUCGGUGUGUUGCGAUAACACGAGAGCUCCGCCACCGAGACCUCCGCAACAAAAGCGCCCACCACCGACCACAACGACUACACCCGCACCAACCACAACUGCUGUUCCGGAUCCGCGCGAAGAGUGUCCCGGGUCGUGUAUAGUUAGUCUGCUCAGCUUUACCUGCUUCCGGAACGCCGAGAUGACCGAUCUGUUCAAGUGCAAAAAGUCCGGUACUCAGUGCUGUGCACCGAAAUCGAAAAUAUUGGAAGUGCAGCAGGUAGCUGCGAGCAAGACAAGUUACAACGUCACAAACGGUUAUCCACCACAGGCUCUACCGCCUCCACCCCAGAUGAUGCCUCAGCAACCGCCAAUGCAGGGUCCAGGACAACCGUACCCUAUGUCACCGGCGGUAAUGCCACCGUUACAACCACAGUCUCCGCUUGCUCCACACCCACAGGGCUAUGGUCCACCAGCGCCUAAUCCCUACCCAGGACCCAUCAGCAACAACAUCUACGAGGUACCACCGACGCAACAGCCUCCCUAUGCACAGUCUCCAGUGUACGAACCACCGACCACUACCUCGCGACCGCAGGUCUAUUCUAAGUACGUGUGCGGUGUGAAAGGAACAAGCCGCGGAGCAAAAUCGUUCCUCAGCCGUGAGGUACUACGAUUAGAGCAAGAGCAAACCACUAAGGCGCGGCACGCACGUCAUAUCGAUGUGGACAGUAUUUAUCGAUCGAAGAGCUCCGAACGGUUAGUGCUCGGUAGUAGCAUUGUACCGAUACCGAUCAUCUAUCACGACCACAACGACACCGUACCGGAGGACCUGCUACGUCACCCAAGCCUGAAAGAAAAUGUAACGCUGGCCAAAUACUGGAGUCACCAUCGGAAGGGUCGUGUGGUGGGCGGUGAGGAUGGUGAAAAUGGCGAAUGGUGUUGGCAGGUGGCGUUGAUCAACUCACUCAAUCAGUACCUCUGCGGUGCGGCACUUAUUGGCACGCAGUGGGUGCUGACCGCGGCACAUUGUGUAACGAAUAUCGUCCGUUCGGGUGAUGCGAUCUAUGUGCGUGUGGGCGAUUACGAUCUAACACGCAAAUACGGAAGUCCCGGAGCACAGACGCUGCGCGUAGCGACCACCUACAUCCAUCACAAUCACAACAGUCAAACGCUUGAUAAUGAUAUUGCACUGCUGAAGCUGCACGGACAGGCAGAGCUGCGGGACGGUGUGUGCUUGGUGUGUUUACCGGCCCGUGGUGUUAGUCAUGCCGCUGGCAAGCGUUGUACAGUGACCGGGUACGGGUAUAUGGGUGAAGCAGGUCCCAUUCCGCUACGAGUGCGCGAAGCCGAGAUACCGAUCGUCAGCGACGCCGAGUGCAUACGCAAAGUGAACGCAGUGACGGAGAAAAUAUUCAUCCUGCCAGCGUCCAGCUUUUGUGCCGGUGGUGAGGAGGGGAACGAUGCCUGUCAGGGUGAUGGAGGUGGUCCGCUAGUGUGCCAGGACGAUGGAUUCUUCGAGCUGGCCGGAUUGGUGUCGUGGGGUUUCGGUUGCGGUCGUGUCGAUGUGCCGGGUGUGUACGUGAAGGUGUCCUCGUUCAUCGGCUGGAUCAACCAGAUCAUUAGCGUUAACAAUCAGUAAUAGU